AUGUUCCGAGGAACAUUUUACUCCGCUGACAUAGUCGGCGUUGAAUGGAUGGCGUCUCUUCGUCUUCGCCAGUCCGAUGACAUCCUACAUUACCCUUCUCGCUUGCGCGAUCAAAUCUGUGUCGAGGAAUCGGAGGCAAGCGUGCGUGCGCUGUGGGCACAGAUCGUCGCUCUAGUCCUUUCAGGCUUAUGCAACCUAUUCCUUGAGGAAAGCGUUAGCGCAGUAGCUGGAUACUCCCUGCGAAACGCAUGGGAUCGAGUCCACGCUCUGGUUUCAAAAAACGUUAAACCGCUCUGGGGUCAACAAACUACUACCCAACUUAUGUAG